GAAGAUGAUGCAAGGUUAAAUCCUAAAGAAGAAGAUAGGGUUAAAAAAUUUUUUAAAGAGUUAUCUAACAGACCACAAGACUUUAAUCUGUUGCUAAUGACAAAUGUGAAAAUGGUAAACUCUACAAUUCCAGAUAUGGUGUUCAUCGAUUUAUACAAUAAAAUACUUGAUGCUGAGAAGAUUCUUAAAGAAAAAACACUUAAAGUAUCUCACACAGAAUAUGAAAUCCUUGACUCACACUAUCCUCUUGGGAAAGCAUUGGAGAAGAAAUUGGCUAAAUUAAAAUUUAUUCAUUCUACUCAAACUGUGAAAAUCUUGCUUAAUGUAGAAAUUAAGUGA